AUGGCGGGCAUCUGGGCAAAGGUUUUUCGCAAGGACCUUCGAUACUCUCACAAACUCUGGAUCUUUCCUCUGAUAGCAGGAUCUGCCUGGUUUACAACACUCAGCAUCCUGUUUAUUCGCUGGCUUGCAAUCGGACGGCCUCGGUAUCCUGGCCAAGUCAACCCAGAAGUCCCGUUCAUCAGUGACAUAGCAGCCUUCACAUUCCAGCCCGUCUUUGUGGCUGGGUGUGCCAUCACAGGCAUCGCAUUCGCCGGGACAGUCUUUGCAGUCCACCAUGUUCGAUACUCGGACAGGUUCUACGGACUGACCGAAGAUGCAGAAUGGCGACAGAUGACCAGUUUCUUUGCCCUGUUUGCUGGCCUUGUGGCUGCUGCGUGUCUUAUCCUGCUCAGCAUCUUUGACACUUUUGACAAUCACAAGGAGCACCGGUACUUUUUGAUGGGAGCCUUUGGUGCUCUGGCCAUCAGUGCUGUUUUAACCUCGCUGGUAUGGCAGGAUCAGACCUGGGGACCAGCUGAUUUCCCUGGUCUGAGGAAGUGGUGA